UCACCCUCAGACACCAUGGCACAGCCCACACCUCUGGAAGCCUCCCUGGGAGCCCUCAUCAUGACAUUCCACAAGCACGCUGGUAGUGGAGAUGCCAAGACCCUCAACAAAAAAGAGCUAACCAACCUCAUCAAGGCAGAGCUGCCCAACAUCGCUGGGAAGGGUGGUCCUAAAGUGGAUGACCUGAUGACGAUGCUGGACCAGGAUGCUGACGGCUCCGUGGACUUCAAGGAGUACAUUACCCUGAUUGGAUCCCUUGCCUACGCAUGCAACUGUGCCCUGGUGAAGAGUAUGUGA